ACAUGUCGAUGACCAAGAAUCCUGUGAAAUCAAAACCAGCCGAUGGAACAACGUCCGCUAAGGAUUUUGAGAACCUUCAGAGUGACUUCUUCUCCUUCUUGUACGCUGAUCAUGGACCAUUCUACAAAGAGAAUGUGAAAAAGUUGGAAGACGCAACUGGUCUGAAACGUGAAAUGCUCGCAUAUGGGCUCAUCGGGCUCAAUUGUGUCUACAUGAUUAUUGGAAGUGGCGCCGAGUUUGUGUGCAAUUUGAUUGGAGUUGCCUAUCCGGCUUAUGUUUCUGUUAAGGCGAUCCGAACUGAAGGAACUGACGAUGAUACAAUGUGGUUGAUCUAUUGGACUGUUUUCGGUGCCUUUUCAAUUAUCGACUUCUUCGCCGCAAGCAUUAUGUCAUAUUUCCCAAUUUAUUGGGUUGCCAAAGCAGCAUUUCUCUUGUACCUCUACUUGCCAGAAACUCACGGAUCCCACGUCAUUUACCACCAACUGAUUGAUCCAUUUGUUGCUCAUAUGGAGAAGAGCAUGUCCAGAAAGCUUCCAGCAAACGCUGGAACUGUUCCAAAUGAUCAGGGAUCAGCCUUGGAUGCGAAUAACAAUGUGAUUAAGCCCGAUCAACCACCGCCACAGUAAAUUGAACUUUUUCAUUGCGAUAAAUAUUUCUUUUCG